AUGAACAUAAAACGGACAUUUACUGUAAAUGAUACUUUUUACCAAAGUUCUUUAAACGAGCAUUACUAUAAGAUAGAACAAUGGAUAAACCAUCAUUUAACUCAUUCAAGUAUUCUUAUAACUCCAUGUGAAUAUAACAAAAUUACUCAAUUCAAAGAUCUUCUUAACUCGAUAAAUCAAACAAACUCUUUUUCCUUGAAAAUAUGUCCGUUAAACUAUUUUUGCAACUCAAAAAACAGUUAUUCUUUUGAUUCGAUGAAAGAGUGGAUAAUUAUAUCGUCCCAAAUGCAUAGUAUCUUUGGUAGUGACUGGAAACGAAGUUAUUUAUUUUGUUAUUAUGAAAUCACAACAGACCAAUUAACUUCAUUAACGUUGGACUACAUUAGGUGUGCUAAAAUGCCUUUGUUACUUGCCAUGCCUCAAUACCAAAUAAAUGAAAUUCAAACAACAAUUAAGAAUAUAAUACCUUUUCGACAUACGAUUUCCUUUCUUCCAGAUAACAUUUCUUAUAAUAUACUAUAA